AUGGCGGAUGAGAUUCCAAGAACUGGCCGCAUUCCUCGUCGAGGAGUGACUGCAAGACGAAGAUAUCCACUUUCUGCUCGCAAGGCUACCACUAACUCACGCACAGUUGUCCCCGCAACCCCCAGUCAACUUGAACGUGCACUUAAUAGACAAGAAUCAGUUCCCAAUCCAGAAACCCCAAGAAGACAUGUUAACGAAGGAAUAGACAGAAAUGUGUUUGCAGUGUCUGAAGAAAGCAGAGUGAAAAUGACCUUUGGUAAACGUACUGAAGAGAGUCCGAUUGUAUUGCUUAGACACAUGUCUAGGGUAUCAGUAAAGGCCCAAGAACACUUACAGACUCCAAAAAAGCAGUUACUAUCACCUGUUUCUAAAAGAUCUAAUUUUCGAACACCCGGUUCAGCAACAACGACGCCGACUUCAGCCCGGAGAAUUUUAAAAUUUACUCCUGGAAUCAUAGCUAGUCUUACUAAAAAACCUGUUAAAUCUGCCGAACACCGAGUAAGACACGGCCGAGUUACUAAAGAAACACCAAUUAAUAUUUUAAGGCGAUUAACGCGCGUUGCUGGAUUUCCUCGCCUCUCUGACACAACUGCUGCACGAUUAAAGCAAGUGCAAGAAGAAUACUGUCUUGCUGUUGCUAGGGCGAGCGAUUCUAUAGAGAAUGAUAACCGUCUUGCUGCUGUUGGGACGAGCGAUUUUAUAGAGGAUGAUAACUGUUUUAUUGCUGUUGGGACGAGCGAUUCAAUGAAGGAUGAUAACCGUCUUGCUGCUGUUGGGACGAGCGAUUUUAUGAAGGAUGAUAACCGUCUUGCUGCUGUUGGGACUAGCGAUUUUAUAGAGGAUGAUAACUGUUUUAUUGCUGUUGGAACGAGCGAUUUUAUGAAGGAUGAUAACCGUCUUGCUGCUGUUGGGACGAGCGAUUUUAUAGAGGAUGAUAACU